UUCCGAAACCCUGUCAUCUCCUUAUCCUUCUCCUUAGCUCUCUUGUUCACUCAUCAUAGCGGCAAAGGAACGAUCUUCGUGUGUCUGCAGCUUCACGAACCACGUUGAGUAGACUAAGUCGAAGCUCCUUAGCCGAUUUCUUCUUGGAUUCGCUAAGGUGAAUGAUCGUUCUUUUUCGUAUCUUCUAUACAUCUGAUUCCUCCGAUUUCACACAGCUCUAAUUAGCCUAAUCUGCAUCCAUGUUGUGUUCGUACUCUCUUUUCAACUAGAUAUGUCAUUCUCUGGCUAACCUGUCUUGUCAUAGUUGACCCGUGGUUCUCAAAUGCUGCGAUGGGAUUCUAUGGUUGGUCCGCAACCCCUGAGCUCCUUUGCUACCGAGGAUUUAGUCCUUCAGAUUGUUGACUAAGGUGAGCCCCGCCUCAACUACAACACGAGGCACUUCGUGAAGGGGGAAAGUGACAAAAGAUUUUUCCUUAAACCUGCUAAAACAAUUUGAGGUUAAGGUUUCCGAGCAGAUUUGGUGUGGUCCUCGAAGCUUUCUGGAUUCUCCACGAUCGAUUUCCAUAGGGGAUGCGUUGCUUCUUCUCUUGCUUCCGCGUGUAGGAGGACGACGAUCGCUCAGCUCCCUCGCUCCAUUCCCUACCAGAAACCCCCGUUCGCUACUCCUACUCCAAUCCCUUUUCGACGAGCAAAGCCCCUCUUCUCCUACAUUUCCCUAGUAACACAAUGAGCGAGAGUCUGGCCAAAGAAGAAGAACAAAAGGCUAGGGAGGAUCGGCUUCAACAAGCAAUCGAACAGGACAAUGUUGAUUUGCUACAUAACUUAAUUGUGGAGGAGCAAGAGCUCUUAGAUCGCGUAUCGAAGCACCCUUUCCCACAUACUCCACUACACACUGCUGUAGCUGCCGGAAAAUUCGAGGUGGCCAUGGAGAUCGUUAUAUUGAGGCCUUCAUUUGCUCGGAAGCUGAAUCCGGAGGGUUAUAGUCCCAUGCACUUGGCUUUGCAAUGUCAACAAUACCAAAUUGUGAGGGCUCUGAUGACCCGUGAUCCUGAGUUGAUCCGAGUCCAAGGACGAGGUGGGAUCACCCCUUUGCAUUACGUUGCCAAGAAAGAAGGAGACAUUGAGCUGGAGCUCCUAGCCGAAUUCCUUUGCGCUUGCAAAUUAUCCAUCAAAGACUUGACAAACCGAUGUGAGACUGCAGUUCAUGUUGCCGUCAACAACCACAACCUCAAAGCAUUCAAGGUUUUGUUUGGAUGGCUCAAGCAACAACAUCUAAUAGACAUCUUGGAUUGGAAAGACAAAGAUGGUAACACCGUCUUACAUAUUGCUAUGUCUAAAAAGCAACUUGAGAUCAUCAAGCCGUUGAUUGGGUAUAUCAGAGUAAACACGAAGAACCUCCAGAAUGAGACGGCUCUGGAAAUCUUCCAAAGUAAUCCUUGUGACGAUGUAUAUCUUACAAUGAGGUUAUGCUGGGAAAGAUGUCUAGCAAGACUUUUUACUCACAACAUCUCUUUACCGCGGUUUUUAAGCAGGGAAGUAACUUUCCCCGAGAUGUUCAUAUUUCAAUCUGACUUUCAAGAUGAAUCCAUUCGCAGCUUGAUCCUUAUAGUGGCUACCUUAAUUGCAACCGCGACUUACCAAGCUGCACUCAGUCCUCCGGGAGGAUACUGGCAGGAUAACUCUUCAAAUACUCCAGCUAAUUCCACUGUCGUUGCUGCCAAUUCCAGCGGCAUUGCGGUUGAAAAGCCACAUAAAGCCGGAGAAAUUAUCCUGAAUGGCUCGAAUCUAUACCUGUUCACGGGCCUCAACAGUUCGGUUUUCAUGAUGUCCAUCGUUGUAAUCUGUUACGCCUCUGCUCCCGUAUUGCCUCGCAGCAUCCCGGUUUACACGUUAACGAUUUGUUUCUGUGUUGCCUACAUUUUUAGCCUUAUAACCGCAUUCCCAAGAACCGAUGUGCACGCAGGAUAUUACACAACGGCAAUUUUUUUUAGCUUGUUGCUUGCCGUGUUGGCGACCCCCGUUAUAGGAUGGUUCACGUACAGCCGAUUCCUACGCGGAACUGAUGCCCUAGCGAGACGCGUCGGCAAGGAUCAGAAAUAGUUCGCAAAGUAUUAUUUACUUUUAAGUAUUCUUCUCGCGUGUGCAAUAUAAUCUAUGUUUUCUAGUCUUGAGGUUUGCAAGGACUGGAUUCUUCUUA